AGACGGUGUCGCUGUUGACUCUCCUUACUGCACGCGCUGUAUACAUCAGCUGUUUCAAUCACGCUCGGCUACCUUGCUAGCUGCUAACCAGCUAGCUGCUAUGUUAUCAAACAGGUUGCCUAGCCUCACACACCGCGCUUUGACCGUUGAGAAAUGUAACGUCGUUGUAACAGGGAGUUUGGCAACGCCUGUGAGAUCGAGCGAACAUGCGGAGACGUGACUCCAAAUAGGAAUAUCUAAAAGAAUGGACAAGGUUGUUUACGAAAAAUAAUGAAACUGUUGUUGAAGCCAGCUAGCCAGAAAUGCUAACCUUCGGUGUACGUAGUUGAAUGUGAGCUAACUAACAACUCUUAGUGUUGCAAACUCAUGUGUCACAGUCCGGUUAAGUAAACAAUGCUGGCUGCUUAGUUUUGUUUGAGCGGAUUUAGUGUCUAAAACAGGGAUAAAGUGAUCAGACACUAACGAACUGUACUAGUACAUGAUUUUAUUCGAGCUGCAGCUUACAGCGUGAUAGUCAAAGGUCACGCUCCUGCAGACUGUUGAUGACAGACUGUCUGUCUGUUCUCUCCACAGGAGCCCAAACUGUCAUCUGCUGUCCACCAACAUCAGAGGAAACAGAGGAGGGAGCCUGCUGAACUCCACACAGCCUCUUCAACACCUUUUGUUUUACCUAAUCCUUAUGGAUCUCACCAGGGCUCCAGAGGGUAGGAGGAAAAUUAUAGAUCUUACCAAGUCUGAAAUUGUCCACAUGACUUUAAAGUUCAAAAACUGUGUGCCCUGGGUCUUUUUCAACCAAACCAUUUAGUGUUAUUAUGAUCAUUUUGCCCCAGCAGACUAGAUAAUACUGAUUAUAUUACAAUUAUUAUUAUUUAAAGCUUUUUCUAGUGCCUCUUUCAAAAAGACUUAACUGUUCACUAACUUCAUGAGUGAUCAGCAAAGGCUGGGCAAAAGAUAGUAGAGAUAUAAAUGCUUUAAAUGCAAAUCACAAGCAAACAGUUCUAAUACUCUGGAGGUUUCAUUAAUCUAAAUCAUGAAAGGUGGCUUCAAAUCUGUAGUUGUGGCUUUCAAAGGAGAAUUAUAAUCUGAGAUAACAAGAUUCUGAGUAUUCAAGAAAACAAAGGCACUGUAAAGUGAUCUGUAACAGGGCAAAAGACGAUAGAUAAGGGUUUAUGUUUCACACACAUACGAUAUCAGGCCAGAAAACAGACAUGCUGUGGAAAACUUCUUUCUAAUGCUUUAUUUGUGUGAAUUUCUGAACCUUUUUUUAAAGGAACCAGUCAGGUGUGAACCUAAAACAGAGUCCUUCAAAUGCAAAUGGAGUGCCAGGUGGGGGAGGUCGAGGUGUAUCCAAGAGUCAUGGUUACAGCAGCAGUCGUCGCCUUAGAGAGACAAGAGACGAAUUCGUCCAGAGAGACAGGCCUGUGCGGGAUCCACAGGCAAAGAUUUGAUUUUUUUCUUUAUGAGAAAACUUUGGUAAAAAGAAAGUUUUUCUUAAAACUAAUUUCCAGUGUUGUCCUUAACUUUGCAGUCAUCAAAAAGCAGCAGUGACUCUCCUGGUCAAGGCAGAACUAUUGGCAAGAAUCGCUUGGAUGCACAUGGCAAAGGUGCAUGUGUGACCCUUGAAUGUUGAAUGUUCGUGAAAAUUACUACACCUGUAUUUACCUAAUUUACUGCUUUGAAUCGGACAGCAGGCUUUAGAGGUGCCAGGUCCGCCCCAAAUUCUGCGAGGAAGUCCAACCUACCACAGGCAGCCUUGACUCCAUUUGAAGUGAAGAUGACAGAUUUUCCGGAGUUGUCUGGUGUUACACCAAGCAAAGAAGGCCCCCCUCAGGUUCAGAAAGAGUGCUGGGGUCCCAUUUCUCAAGGGUCUGCCUCUGCCUGGAAGGUAAUUCCACCAGAUGUAGCAUGUUGCAUAUGCAGUGGAAGAUUAACUAUAUUUGCUAACUGUUUCUGAAAAUUUCCUUUUCAACAGUUUGACAGAACAGGUUCCCCUACACCGCCUGACUCCCAGCAGACUGUCACUAAUGUUCAGCCAGAUUUUUCUGCUGCUUCAUCAGGUUGGGAAAGUCUUUAGCCAUCCCUUAAUUCACUGUAGAGCAGUGUCAAAGACAUAUUAGGCAAUGAUCAUCAAUAUUACUUGUUUUGAAUUGUACAGAUAUGCCUGCGGUGACUUCCUGGGCUAAUGUCGCAUCCCAGCCUCCAAAGAAACCUGUUCCUAAAGAAAAGACUGUCAGCAGCAACAACAUGCAGGUUAGACAGCAUGCCUUAAUCGUUAACAAUCCAGAAGGUGAAAUCUUUAAUAAUUGUUCACAUCCUCGUGUUAGUCUGCUCCGACUGCUUGCCUUAUUCUGUGUAGGCUCUUCACAAUUAAGCGAGUAAACCCUGUAAACAUGAGUUGUUGUAAAACAUUUUAUAACUAAAAACAACAGUUAACACAAUACUGAGAGGUUAAAUGUGAGGCUGAUUCACAUCAAAUGAAUUGUCAGGCCUCUGUCCCACCAUUUUGCUCCGUCAGAUGGAAGAGAUUGCUGCAGAGCAGGAAGAAGAUGCCACAGGAAAGAAGAAGCGAAAGAAGAAAAAGAAAAAGGGCAAAGGUGGUGAAGAUGAAGAAGCCAAAUCAGAAGUGGUUUUUGUGUAUCAGGAGCCCCCAAAAUUUGAGGUUAUUUCUGUUUGUUUGUUUUUUCAGUUUAUUUAAUUUCAAAAGCAAAAGGCACUAGCUUCUUCUAAAUCUGAAAUGGAUUUUUGUUUGUUUCUCCAGGAUGAAGAAGAGUUUCCAGGUUUAACUGUAACUGUUACUGGGUCCAGUAGAUUGGUAACAAGCAGCCAUGUAACAAAACUAUGCAAUGAGGUACAUUCACUCUGCAGCACAUUAGUGCAAGAAAGACAUUUCAACAUGAAAACAUUUAUUAAAUUAGCUAAUAUUAUAAUGCAUCUGUGUUUGUUUCUUAGGAAAACCAAAGAGAAGGUUUCCAGCAUCAACCUGCUGAACAAAAAAAGGAGAAAACUCCGGCAGUAAAAGUUGUCCCCUCAGAAACAGCAAAAAAGACACAGGUCGAUCAUUUUUCAAUGUUUUAUUCAAACAGAUGUUACAGAACAGCUUCAGGCUGGUUUAGACCCCUGUUCUUGGUCUUGUGAUUUUCCAGAAAGCUGAAAAAGUGUCUGGAAAGAAGAGCAAAGCACCUGUUCAGCUGGACAUCGGGAACAUGUUGGCUGUCCUGGAAAAGAAGCAGCAAUCUCAAAAAGCCAAGCAGGAUGCCAAACCGGUCAUUCUCUCAGGUGGGUUAUUUUCAGCACCUCGGACACAAAACCAUUUCUUUUUUUCUCUAGGAAAUCAUUAUGAGAAAAUAAGUAUUUGGCAACGCACACUGUUGCUCUUUGUUUUAAAGCUUACUCGUGCAUUUAACAAUGAGAUAAUGGUUUGAUUGUAGUUGGUGGGGGGCUACCUGUAGUCCAGAAGCAGUCAACAGUCCAGAAGAAGGUCCCAUGGCAGCAGGACAAGAUUGCACACAACCCUCUAGACUCCACCAGCCCUUUGGUAAAGAAAGGAAAACAGAGGGAGGUACCAAAAGCCAAAAAACCAACUCCCCUCAAGAAGGUACUUUGGCUCACCAACUCUUGGACAAAUGUGCAAAAAAAAAAUCUGAAUGUGUAACAACUAAAGAUCCUUCUUGUUAACUUCUGUCUGAAAUAUAGAUCAUUUUAAAAGAAAGAGAGGAGAGAAAACAAAGACGCCUGCUGGAAGAGAUGGGGCUGCUGCCUGAAAAUGAAGAAGUAAAAUCUGCAGAAGAAGCUGCAGAAGAAGAGCAGGAUGACACAAAUGUAACAGGUAACACGAAGAUCCUGGGAUGUUCAAUACAAAGUACUUUUGGCUUUAGCAAAUAUCUGAUCUACAUAUUUUGCCCUGUAAACCAUAGGGGAGGUAGGGAGUCCUUCAGAGGAGCUUGAUGAAGAUCAGACAGAAAUUAAUGGCACCAAGGAGUUGGUGAAAGAGGAAGAGGAAGAACUUGACAAAGAAGAAACUGCUGAACAACAACAAACCAUGUUACCUGUGACUCUCCCGGCCAAUCGACCGAAAAUCCACAGCAGGAAGUUCAGAGAGUAAGAUUGUGACAAAAACUACAGUUUUUUCUGAGUUGACUAGCUGUUAAAUGUGGUUGAUUUACAAUGUAAACUUCAAUACACAACAGGUACUGCAGCCAGAUGCUGAGCAAAGACGUUGACGCAUGUGUGACGGAGCUGCUGAAGGAGCUGGUCCGUUUCCAGGACCGCCUGUACCAGAAGGACCCGAUGAAGGCCCGUAUGAAGAGACGCAUUGUAAUGGGUCUCAGAGAGGUCCUGAAGCACCUUAAACUCAGGAAGGUCAAAUGUGUCAUAAUCUCACCCAACUGUGAACGCAUACAGUCCAAAGGUACCAACUAAGAGCUUCAUUAUUUGUUUUUGAUUUUUUGCAAAUAUUCUAUGAAAGAUUUAAUGUUUGAACUAGAAAAGCACUCAGAGAGCGCAGACCUCCGCCAAGCAGCUCAUGUCCCCCCUUAAACGAGAAAUGACCUGGCCGGGAUUCGAACCCAGGAACUUCUAGUUGUAAGGCAACAGUGCUAACCACUACACCACUGUGCUGCCCAUUGCUUGUCUUUCAGCAUUGAAAAUUCCAACCACACCCUCAUUUUUUUGUGUGUUCUGGAUCACAGUAUCCAGAAUUUUGUCCGGAUCACCACCAAAAUUUAAUGGGAUCCUCCUGGGGCUGAGACGCAUCUCUGGUGAAAAUUUCAGGUCAAUCCGUCUGUUACUUUCUCCGUAAAGUUGCUAACAGACAAACAAACAAACAAACGCUACUGAAAACAUAACCUCCUUGGCGGAGGUAAUAACAGAGUGAUGAAAACAAACUCUGGCAGGACCAGUUUCACUCUUGACAUGCAUCGUUCUCACAAUUAUUUAUGACAAACAUGUCCCCCCAAUUUUGCAACUUAUUCAAGAUGCUCUUGAAGACUUAAAAACAGGCAACUGGACUGUGUAGAGUUGAGAAGACGUUUCGCCUCUUAUCCACAAAGCUUCUUCAGUUCAGAACUGAAGAAGCUUUGUGGAUAAGAGGCGAAACGUCUUCUCAACUCUACACAGUCCAGUUGCCUGUUUUUAAGUCUUCAAGAUAACUAUGACCUGGAUGAAUGAGAAUCUACAUGGACUUAUUCAAGAUGCUCAUUUUCAGCAAUGUCAGACAUUUUUGCCAAGAUUCCUCACAAAGACAUGUCUAAACAGGUGUCAAAAAUAAACUAACUUUUCACAGGAGGCCUGGAUGAGGCUCUUCACAACAUCAUCGACAUGUGUCGUGAACAGGGAGUGCCGUUUGUGUUCGCCCUCUCCAGGAGAGCCUUGGGUCGCUGUGUCAACAAGGUGGUGCCUGUGAGCCUGGUGGGCAUCUUCAACUAUGACGGUGCUCAGGUCAGGGUGAUAUCAAGCAGGGUCGUGAUUUAACCCUCUACAUGUGAGCUUUGUCAAAACACCUCUCUCUUUCCCACAGGACUACUACCAUAAGAUGAUAGAGUUGUCGUCAGAGGCCAGGAAAGCAUAUGAAGAGAUGGUGCUGAGCCUGGAGCAGACAGACCAGGCUGAGGAGGAGGCUGUGGACACUGAGGAAGAACUUCAGAUCAGCGGUCUAGCCGAGGAGGCUAAACCUGGUGCUGACACCACAGAAUCAGAGGAACCAGAAUACAGUAUGUAACUCUAGGGAUGUUUUAUUUGUAUAAGAGUACGCAAACACACACAUAACUAAUUCUUGUUAUGUUCUUCUUCUAGUUAAAACCUGGAAGAAAAUGCUGGAAAAGGAGAACAACCACAAGUUUUUGAACUUUGAGGAGCAGAUGAGCUCCAUGCACUUGGACAGCGACUGCACUGAAAUCUCAGACGAAGACGAGAAGAGUUGACAGUUACGAACCUUCUGUGCCUAAAAGAAAAUAACUCAAAAUGAUCACCAGCUUCAAAGAAGAUAGCAUGAACUUAAUCUUGACCUGAAGUUAAUCAUGUUGAUAAUAUUUGUAAUGAAUUGUAAAGUCCUUUGUUUAAUUUUUUUGGAUAGAUUUUUUGUUUUUCAGUUUGAGAUAAUCAGGAAAGGCUGCGCACUUACAGAAAGUGUACUUGUGGGUUAUAAACAGGAGUGGUUCAACACUGACUCAUUGGACCAAACCGGCCACUUGAAAAGAUCCCACAAUAUGAAUCCCAACAUGACCGUGCCCAGAGAGCGUGUAAGAGUUUACAUACUGAAUGUGUGCGCCAUAUCCACUAGUGAAACAAUAAGGUGUGUGUUUACACUGUGGUUUGAAUGUGAAGCCAUCAUAGUGGGUUUUUCCCCAAAUCCAUAAGCUGCAGAGUUUGUUGGCAUUUUUGCUCUAAUUUUGUUGAUGACAUUAACAUGACGCCAGGAAAUGAAGACACAUAGGACAUUAUUUUGAGGCAUUGCUUGUCACAUGGUCAGUGUCUGAAACGGGCUUCAGUACAUGCCGAUAAGAUUGUAUUUUUUGUGAAUUUAUGAUUGUAUAUCCUCUCCUUCCUAACACUGUUGAAAGCUUGAGCAGAAAGACUUUGAUUUUUGCUCUUAGAGCGAAGCCAAAACUUUUACAUUUAUCCAAGGAAAGGAUAUGACAGCGAAGGUUUUUGCUGCUUAUGUUCAAGAAAACUGAAAGAAAGCCAGUUUUUACCAAAACCACGACAGUGGUAUAUUUUUUGUCUUUAUCAUAUUAGGGGAUCAAAAGCAAACUCAGCACAACACUGUGGAAAACUCAAGUUUUACAGUUUUCUCUUUUUGAAUCUGUGCUCAUUUAUCCAGCAUAUCCAGAUAUUUUUUCUAUUAUUUGUAUGAAUAAUACUUGCACAUACAAACAAUAAUUUUUCUUUGCUAAAACACACCUUUCCUCGACUUGAACAAACUCUCCCAUGUUCACAAAGGUGGGAUACACAAUAAGAAACAUAAAUUACAGUCUGACUGAGCGUCAGUUCACAGCCUUUCACUUCUUCUCAGCUCCUGUGUUAGAGGUACAGUAAAGAGUCUAAACAACGUUGCUUCUUAUACUACGAUAUUUUUAAAACUUGUGAAAUUAUGACCAUCAAAGUGUUCUACUUUGUGAUACUUUAUGAUGAAGUGUAAAUGGUAGCAUUUGAUUUCAAGCAGCUCAGUGUUCUGAAACAUCACCUGCAGUUAACUUGACUUUUUACAAUUUGUCAGUUUCCUGUUUACCAGCGUAGGAACCUUGUGAUUGCAUCAUGAUAAGAUAUAAAAAUCAGUUCUCUUUAAAGCAGGGUGGCUUUCACACAUAAAAAAACCCAAUAAAAUCAUCAUUUAGAAUUAAACUCACAUUGCAAAUCAUGUUUUUCUUUUCUGCUUGUGGAGUUG